AUGAACGCCAGAACCACCGUGAUGGUUUUGGCCAAGACACAAGACACCGCAAGGGAGAGGAUGAUGCCAAAGACCGUUUGUCGUAAAGAGCAGCUCGCUCGGUCCGUUCCUAAGAACUACCAGCACAUUCUGGCUUUGCUGCUUGCUGUUCAAGAGAUCAAUGAGAAUCCCCAAAUCCUACCCAACAUCUCUUUGGGCUUCCACAUCCUCAACAGCUACUAUGUGGCAAGGACGACAUACAAAGCCAGCCUGAGCCUCCUUUCCACACAACACAGGUUUGUUCCCAACUACAAGUGUGAUACUCAGAGUAAACUGAUAGCUGUCAUUGGCGGACUUGCUACUGAAACCUCUGCCAACAUGGCUAGCAUUUUUGCCACCUACAAGAUCCCACAGCUGCAUGACUAUAUAGGGAGGAUCUUGUUCAACAACAGCGUCGGCGAGAGUGUAGGUUUUGAUAGAAAUGGAGAACUGAUUGCAGAUUUUGAUCUUACAAACUGGGUCACUUUCCCCAACGGCUCUUUUGUUAGAGUAAAAGUUGGACGAUUGGCUCCUCGGGAUCCUUCAGGCAAAGAGUUAACAAUAAAUGAUGAGCAGAUCGAGUGGCAUAGAAGUUUCAACCAGGUUGUGCCCCUUUCUGUGUGCAAUGACUACUGCUAUCCUGGCUACAGCAGGAAAAAGAAGGAAGGGGAGAAAUUUUGUUGCUAUGAUUGUGCUCCAUGUCCUGAAGGGAUGAUCUCUCACCAGAUCGACAUGGCUGCCUGCAUCAAAUGUCCGGAAGAGGAAUACCCAAAUAGUGGCCAAAAUCAGUGCAUUCCCAAGGUGUCCAGCUACCUCUCUUAUAAAGAACCUUUAGGAAUCACUCUGGUCAUAUUGGUUGUUUCUUUCUCUUUGAUUACAACUUCAGUACUUGGGAUUUUCAUGAAGCACAGGGACACUCCCAUAGUCAAAGCCAACAACCGGACGCUCACUUACCUCCUCCUCAUUUCUCUCCUGCUUUGCUUCCUCUGCUCCUUCCUCUUCAUUGGACAACCUGGAAAGGGAACCUGCCUUCUCCGACAAACGGCUUUUGGCAUGAUCUUCUCUCUGUCCCUUUCCUCUGUUUUGGCAAAAACCAUCACGGUGGUUCUGGCAUUCAUGGCCACAAAACCAGGAUCCAGAAUGAGACAAUGGGUGGGGAAAGGACUGGCCAAUUCUGUUAUCCUUUCUGGCUCAUUUAUUCAAGCUGUCAUUUGCAUGGUUUGGCUGAUUACUUCUCCUCCGUUCCCAGAUAAGGACAUGAACUCCCUGAAAGAGGAAAUCCUAGUGCAGUGUAAUGAGGGAUCAGCCUCCAUGUUUUACUGCGUCUUGGGAUACAUGGGCUUCCUGGGCAUUGCCAGUUUCCUGGUGGCUUUCUUUGCCAGGAAGUUGCCUGACACUUUCAAUGAAGCCAAGUUCAUCACUUUCAGCAUGUUGGUCUUUUGCAGUGUGUGGCUGUCCUUUAUUCCAACGUACCUAAGCACCAAAGGGAAAUACAUGGUGGCUGUGGAGAUCUUCUCCAUCUUAUGCUCCAGUGCUGGGUUACUGGGUUGCAUUUUUUUCCCCAAAUGCUACAUCAUUAUCUUAAGACCGGAGCUGAACAACAGGGAACAUUUAACAAGGAGAGAAAAGUAA